UUUUUGGGUGUUGUUUUAUUUAGCGAUCGAGACGACGCCAGCUACAUGUGGAUCGAGCCGGGGUGUACGAGAUCGCGCGAGCGAGGAGGACGAGAGCGCCGCGACAACGGCGACGACGGCUGUGGCUGGCUGCGCACCUACUUCUGGGUUUGGCUUGUGUUAGAGUUAGAGUAUUUCCUUGUGGUGUCCUCCAGUAACUUGUUGGUGCAAUGCGACGGCACGUACUUGAAACACACAAGACAUAUGUAGGCAUUUUGUUCAAAUUAUAUCAAGAAUCAUAGUCGCUUCACCAAUGUGACCGAAACAGAUUUCUGUGGCUGGUCAGACUGUGUGGGGCAGGUCCAAACAUCGCAGGAAGAAGAUAUAACCUAUCUUCACCAUUGCCUGCAACGCGCGGACCCAGCACUUGUUUCUUGGUAUGAUGCGACAAAAUCUACAUUUUUUUCUCGGUGUUUUUAUGCCUGCCUCCAGACAAUGCAGUUAUUGUCUUUUUUGUUGUCGAGCGUUGUUUUCGUGCCGACUGUUCGAUGCACAGUAUUUGACCCAUGUCUUUGAUUCUCGAGGGGUGUCUCGGUGCAUUGUGGUUCUGCUCUGGCUGAGUACGACACUCAGACCAUGUUCUGUUUGUCAAUAUUCAAGGUUGAGUUCGUUCCUGCGUGCCACCGAGACUCGUUGUGAGAAUAAGAGCUCUGUGACUUUUGAAAAGUGAUAUUCGAAUAGCCCCAUUUCUAUCAGCUUUUAGCUUUUCAAAGCGCAACAUUCGACUCCUGUGUUUUUGCUUCUAAAAGAGAGACAUCUUUUUCCGAGAGAAAAGGGUACUUGGCGAACGGUUGUGGUGCUGCUCUGGUGGCGUGAGACACUCAGGCCAGGUCCUGUUUGUCAAUAUUCAAAGCUGAGUUCGUUCCCCCGUUCUGUUGAGACUCGAUUGGGAAGAACAAGAGACAAGAGUUGAUUUAUGUACUUUGAAAAGAUCUCCGUCUGUAGUGGUGGUGAUUUUCUCCAUCAUCCGCAUGAAAGCGCUUGUUUUGUUGUUUUGUGCACUCUGUGGAGGUUCCGGGACCACCCUUGGGGGAAGACUGGGCUAGCAUGGCGUGCUUGUUUUGUUGUUUUGUGCACUCUGUGGAGGUUCCGGGACCACCCUUGGGGGAAGACUGGGCUAGCAUGGCGUGCUUGUUUUGUUGUUUUUGCUUGUCUCCGGUGUGCCUUUUUUUGCCGUGUCCCCUAUUGUGUUUCUUUCCUGCACGUGUCGUGCGUGUAUCUCCCCUACCUCUCCUACCACCGAGUCCCGCUGCGGACUUCGAACUG